AUGCUGGGAGUGACAGGGCCCCAGGACACCAAGCCAAGUGCUGGGAGGGCUCUGGGCCCCCCAAGGCAGACCCCCCCAGCACAGCCACAGCCUCCCCUGUCUCAGAUCCGACCCCUCCGUGCCCAGGGCGACACCAAGAACGACACGUGGAUCUUCUCCCUGGCCGUGCUGCUCAGCAGCACCCUGGUCUACAACAGCAAAGGGACCAUCGACCAGUACGCCCUGGAGCAGCUGCACUUCGUGUCGGAGCUGACGGACCACAUCAAGGUGAAGGCGCAGGCCGGGGACGAGGGGGAGGACACGGAGUUCGUCCGCUUCUUCCCCGGCUUCGUCUGGGCCGUGCGGGAUUUCACGCUGGCGCUGGAGAUCGACGGGCAGCAGGUGACGGAGGAUCAGUACCUGGAGCACGCGCUGGCCCUGAAGAAAGGUGAGUUGGGGUGCGGUGGUACGUCGGGGUUCCCCCACCUCCUGCACCUUCAGCUCUGCAAUCCUGCAGUCCCAAGGGCGAGUCAAGGUUGCCAGGUCUCGACUCCCACCAGGUCCAGGGGAUAG